AUGGAUGAUACCAGACUUGAAGAAUUUGUGCGACAGCUGUCUGAUCUUGAAGUCGCGCUUUUCCUCUCUCUGGUUGCGCGCGAACAUUGCCUCAUUGAGACCACGGGUGACCUUAUUGACGACCUCGCCAAAGAACUAGCCUUGAUAUGCUCACGCACUUUUGAUCUUUCAUAUUCCAUUCUUGAUUGUUCCACGGAAACCUCCAUUGAGGACUUCCAUGAUGAGAUCCUCACCGCUGAUGCCCGCAAAGGACAAGAGCGGUCGUCAUAUUUCAGAUUGAAGACUGGAUCUUCGAGUAACCUUUCGACAUACAUGACACCACGGGAGCGCGAUCAGAGCAGGUCUCCAGCCCCAAGAAGCACCGCCGAUGAAAUCAAUGUUGUCAACAUUGUCAUUGCUAAGAACUUCAAUCUCGUAGAUGAUGACAUCCAAGUCCAGGCUCUACAGUUAAUGCGAGCCCGAAGGUUAGCUACGGAGCCAGGAAUGUUAAACGCACCCACGGACUUCCUUUUCAUACCACUGGUAGUAAGGGAGUCUGACCAGCUUGACCCACCAUUAAAUACUCAUUUGAAUGAGCAUCUUCUCGUCUCUCAUUUCUACAACUGGGUAGAUGGCUUCGUGUAUCAUGAGGAAGAUGAAUGGUUAUCCGACAGCCAAUUGUCGGCUUCCUCGGUAAUUCACAAGCCAAAGCACCAGCAGAAGAAAACCGCAAAAGUCGAUGAAACAGUGAUGGAUAAGCUACGAGAAGCUAGUGAAUCGGUCACUACAAGCGCAGAAAUUGUCCGAUACAUUCAAGAUAUCGUUGUCUUCUUACGUCUGAGUCGCGCCGUCGGUGGUGGGAUUUCUGCCAAGGCGAACUUUCAGCUCGCCCGAUUUGCAGAAUUCCUCGCACCUUUACACGGAAUAGAUUAUCUUACUCCUUCAAUCGUGGCUCUCGCCGCGAGAAAGGUGUUCCGACAUCGUAUCGUCGUCACGGCUCCUGGUCAAGAUCGAAGUUUACAGUAUGGGAGUGAUAUGGUGGCCGUUUCCCAUGUCCUGGCAAAUGUCACACCGGAUUCAAUCUUGGAUGGCAUUUUGGAGCUGGAGCCUCCAAUUUGA